AUGGAUUCCGAGGUCAUGAAUAGCCCCGCGGUGACCCUGGACUUCCUCCCAAACGAGGUAUACAUUGAAAUAUUGUCUGACUUCUCCACCCGGGAUCUUCUCCCCCUGGCCCUUGUCAAUCGUCGAUUCCACGCGCUAGUGUUGCGGAUUCUUCACUAUCGCCUUUUACUCCAUAACCCACCCAAAGAUUAUAAAUUGAUACUCGAAUGCUUCCACCCCAGCUCAAAACUCACUGAGCCACAUGUCUUCUGCAAGUACCUUGGCACAGACGGUCUGAGUGAGCACCAUGCAGAUCCACUCGAAGACGCCGACCCAGCACAGCAACUGGGAAGGGUGACUGCAUUAUAUUCCCGCUUCCAUCCUAAAGCAAGAAGCGAAGAAGAGGAGCAGAAUCUCGCGACGCGUUUUGCUCUUUUCCCAGGUAGGAUGUUUCUCUCGGGGGUGUUCGUGCGGGCUGACAUGGAUGGGGACGAAGAUAAGAAAGAUGAUAAAGUGGUGCGAGAAGUCACCAUAGAUGGGUAUGAGGAUUUCUCUCAAUUAUGUGUGGUGGUCAGUCUUGUUCAGGUUCGGCCUGGGACGUCCUUGCUGCUCAGUGCAUCGACUAUUGAGGAUGGGUUUGUUCGAUUAUGGAGAGACUGGUUGUAUCGACAGAGUAGGAAGUUGAAGAAAGCUUCUGAUGCUGCGAGAGAGGAAGGUCUGGAUGAAGUUCAGAUAACAUCCGAUCCCGAUGAUAUGCUGUGGGUGGAUUUGGCCCGGACUGUGGGAUUGAAGCUGCGUGUGCGGCCGAAAUCCUGGAACCCGUCUUUCCCGGUGCUGAUGCAUCAGGAUGACCGGGAUGACGAUGCUUGGGUUGGCUACGAGGUUAUCUUGGAGGGUGAGCUGGCAUUCCUCAUGAAAAUUGACCCUUGCUGA